UUCCCCUCACAUCCUCUUCCACUACCACCCUCCCUCCCACCAAAUUCUCUUCAACUUCUAUGCGCUUACUUUUCCUUUUGCCUCUCCUUUUUCCUUCUCCCUCUCUCUCAUGCCCGCGAAUACUAUCCUUUCCCCGCAAACAAAGACAACCUCGAUUUCCUACAAUCCAGACACGAUCUUCACUGUGCCUGACUCGUCGUCGCCAGGGUCAAAGAGCUUCCCGAGCUUCCCCAGCUCCUCUCACCCGCCCCAAUUCGACGACUCCGCAUCCUCCGAUGAUCCAUCCUUCACAGAUCCAUUCCACCAACGUCCUUCUCCUAGUGAUCAGGAAGAAGGUGAUGAUGAUGAUGAUGUUGAAGAAGAUCAUGACACCGAUGGUUCCAACGUCUACUCGAUAGACUCAUACCCUUCCGUCUCUGCAAAGUCCCCGGCAGUGCAGUCAACCGCUGCGGUCCUACGGUCCAACAACACCGAGGACCAUCGCACGCUACGUCGGCCGGUGGCAUCCUCACAGGAGAAUGUUCAAUCGAGGAGACCAACGGGCUCUUCGCUGUCACUCGCCUCGUACGGAGGUAUGCAUCUCCCCGACGGCAGUACAGCCGAGGCCUCUCGGACCUCCCUGCGGUCACCGGGACGUCUCGAGCUAGGGGCGCCCUCAUCCGUCGAUUCUCGUUCACGGCCGCUUGCCAGCCGUUCUGGGAAUAGAGACCGCAUGCCGCCGCCUCCGCCGCCAAAGAAUCACCACGGACGGCUCAUCAGUGCCGGCUCGGGCGCGACAUCCUCUCAUUCCCAAACCACUCCCCGUCAAGCCUCCAACCGAUUCUCCUUCCAUGGUACUCCCUCGGAGCCAUCGUACUCACCUCGGCCAGCACAACCAGUGACCGACUACUUUUCUGGCGUGGAGACGAGUCAAUCCGCACAGUCACCGCCGGCCGACACUCUCCGUCGGAGCCAGUCGCAGCACAAGCGGCCUCCGACCCCUCCCCUGAGCCGGCGACACAGUCAGAUGCGACGGUCCAAUACCGCAUCCGCCAAAGUGAACCCCGUCCGACGCUCCAUUGCAACAGAAGCGGACCCUGCAGCAGCAGCCCCCUCAGGGGCCAUUCCGCCUCCCAGCUUGAGCUCGUGGUCCUUGCAUGCGCCGCGAACGCGAAACGCUCGCUUAGGCAGCACGCAAUCGGACGACUCGGCACCUUCCUCGUCUUCCUCCAAGCGACUUUCACUACAGAUUGACACCUCUACCCCAUGGAACCCGGGUGAGCCCGGGCGAGCAGCUUCACCCAGUCCGUCAAUCAAGCGCGCGUCAGUCCCGAACCCUCCGCCUCCGCCACCACGGCGGUCGCGCGGAUCUAGCAAUCACAGUCCGGACAGUUCGCGCCUCAGCCUCCGAUCCGGAAAAGCUGCGGUUACUGCCGAAGGAGAUGACUACGUCCCGCAUCCCUCGAAUGCGAAUGAUAUUUUAGCGGAUCUCACCCGGUUACAAAAGGAGGUGGAUGACCUUCGCGGUCAUUACGAGAGUCGCAAGGCAAGCCACUAGGGCCGCUAGCCUGGUUGAGGUCUCGAUUCGAAUAUACCAUUUCCUAGUCGGUAUGUCGAGGAGUAUAAAUGGUGUGCAAUGAAAUGCCAAUGAGUGACGAAGCAUAGCGCUUGUCUUUUCAAUUUUCUUUCUUUUUUGGGGGGGUGGGGGGAGGCAUUGCUCAGGUC